UGCUCCUGCGGGAUCCUUCCUGCACCCUGGAGAGAGACAAAGUUCACGGCAAGAAGCAGAAGUGCACUAGAUAAAGACUCCUGUGAGUAUUAAACACUCUCCGCGCACACAUCUGUCUCCGGCUCGGAUGCGCGCGCGUCUGAAUGCGCGUUCUCUGUGGAAAAAUGCUUCACCGCUCCAGGAUAUAUGGAUGAAACGCAAACGCAAAGUGGAAGGUGAAUCCCCGAGGAAAGUUGUGAUUUCAAGAUGUUCUGGGUUUGUUCGUGUGCGCUUGUGCUGAUGGUGCUGGAUAAUAAUGCGGUGGCCGUGCCUGCGUGGACUGAACACACGCUGGCCAGUUUUCAGUUGCGUAAACCAUGUGCACAGAAACUCUCAUCUGUGGACUCAAAGACCCAUGAAGGAGCAGCCAGAUUCAAACGCUACGCCGUCAACCCACUGGGAUACAAAUGGGAGCAUUUCAACGUCAGCUACAAGAUUACGAAGUUCCCCAACACGCUGAAUAAAGACGAUACCCGUAAAGCCAUCAGCAUCGCCUUCACCAAAUGGAGCGACGUUUCCCCUCUGACUUUCACUGAAAUCACCAACAUCAGCAAAAGUGCUGACAUCACUAUAGGUUUCUACACGUACAACCACACUGAUUGCUGGCGCUCUCCACUGCACCCGUGUUUUGAUGGACUGAACGGUGAGCUGGCACACGCUUUCCUCCCUCCACGUGGAGAAAUACACUUUGACAACCAUGAAUUCUGGAUUCUGGGCAAAUCCCGCUUCAGCUGGAAACAAGGCGUGUGGUUGAAUGACCUGGUUCAAGUGGCUGCUCAUGAAAUCGGUCACGCUUUAGGCCUCUGGCAUUCACAGGACCCCAAUGCAUUAAUGCACCCUAAUGCAACAUACACGGGUCAGAGGAACAUCGCUCAAGAUGAUAUCUGGGGCAUCCAGCGUCUUUACGGAUGCAUGGACAAGAAGCGUGUGUGUGAUCCUUGGGCCCGUUUGGGUUUCUGUGAGAGGAGACGGAGCUUCAUGAAGAAAAACUGCCCGCAGCGCUGCGACCUGUGCUACGAGCCUCUGGAUGCAGUUUCCACUCCGACUCCUCCUCCGGAAAAUGUCAAGAUCAAAAUUGUGCCUCGUGGAAAAGUUGUGGGCUUCCGCUGUGGGACAAAAAACACCCGAGUGCCUCCAAAAGUCAGCUGGUACAAAGACGGCGAGCAGUUGCUGACAUCCAUUCCUGGCUAUAUAGUAAUUAAAGAUCGGGACCUGCGGCUCGUGGCCAAUGAAUUCAAUGAAGGCACGUACACCUGCCGGAUCCAUCGACGCGGCACCAUCGUCUCUGCAAACUCAUGGGCCAUUCGGCUGAAGCCGGAGCGAUCGUCCAACAACAGCUGAUAGCGGAUGUGUUCAUCACUCACGCUCUACCUCCAGACUCCACACAUCUCUGUUUGAUGCUCAGAGCCGUAAUGGACGACAAGCAGACCAGAGCCCAGAAUGUCAGAGGCGAUGUUGUGGAAGAAGCAUCAGCUAGAUUUACUUCUGCAGCCAUGACAAAGGUGCUUUUUUAUUAACACACAUGCCACUUGAGGCAUUUGUAGUUGUAGAGAUGCUUAAAAUAUGAUGGUGAGGUGAUGGUAAAUCAAAACUGAAAUCUUUCAUUUGUUUGCAGUGGUACAAUCUUUGUACUCUGUGGUAAAAAACAGAUCAGUAGUGCAUGUGAAGUCCCACUUUUUGCCUAUUUUUUAAAAAAAGGGUUAGUUCACCCAAAAAUUAAAGGAUCUGUCGGUGCCAGUGGUGUAGUGGUUAGUGCGUCAACACAUAGAACUCCAGCACUCAUGGAGACCUGAGUUUGAUUCUCGCCUUAAUGUCCUAUGCCUUUCCUUCCCCUCUCUCUGCUCCCCACGCUUUCCUGUCGAUACUCUCUACUGUCCUAUCCAUUAAAGGUGAAACCCAGAAAAUAAUAAUUAUAAAAAAUUAAAUGAUCUACUCACCCUUGAGACAUCUUAGAUGUAAAUGGCGUUCUUCUUUACCUCAAAUCCAGUCUUUGCAUCUUACGUUUUGAUCUUGGCCUUUUCAAUGGCAACAGUCGGCUGAUGUUUAUCAGUAGUUCAAUCGAAGUUCAAUAAAGCACAUCUAUCAUCUCACACAGCUUCAGAGGGUGGUUAAAGGUCUCCUUUGGUGAAACCAUGGGAAUUAAAAAAAAAAUCCCUAUUUAAAACAGUCACUUUAUUUUAAGGUAUAUUCUCACUAUUAAUAGUCCAUUAACUAAGACUUUAUACUCCUAAUUUGCUGCUUAUUAUUAGUUGGGUUUAGGUAUUGGGUAGGAUAAAGGCUGGUUUAUACUUCUGCAUCGAGUGAUCGGCGUGACUCACGGUGUCUGCCUUGCACAUAGUCGUGCAUUUAUACUUGUGUGUGCUGUUUGUGUUGCUCUGCAAUAACACUUCUAAAACACUAGCUGGCAGUAGGUGUUUAUGUUCCUCUGUGUCGAGUUUCUUCACUGGUGUUUUGUUUUUUCUGAACGCUUACUUAAAGUACAGGUAGCUCAAACUCGCUUAUUCUGAGACGGAAACCGACGGACGUGCAACAACUUUAAUCAUAAGGUAAACACAAAAGUUUCCAUAUGGAGCUUCUUCACGGGACUCGACACUUGUAAACACUCGCUCCGCACCGCCCACACUCAUCACUGCUACCAAGCCGACCAAUCAGAGCUUGCGCUAUGGAUUGUUGCAACAUGUACUUACAUUUUUUUGAGAGGUGCGCGUUGGUGUCAGCCACAGCAAGGGUUAUGCGACCGCAGGAAGGUUGCGCCGGGCCAUACGCGUGCGCUUGACGAAGAACUAUAAAUCAGCCUAAAGAAUGUAGAAUAAGAUCAUAUUUACUGCUAAGUACUUAUUAACAGUUAAUAUCUUAAUAAUAGCCAGGCAACAAGACACUGGUUAAUAGUGGGAAUUUGAACUUUUGUUACCUUUAAAACAUUAUGAACACUUUUGUUUAACUCUAAGCGAGACUAACACUGUUCUUCUUCUUUUGAGAUGCAUUUUUCGAUGCAUUAGCGCCAUCUGCUGGACAGGAGUGGGUUUUUUUGUCUGUUCUCUACACUCAUCUGCGCGUGUGCUGCACACUCAAUACAUAAAAAGGCAAGCGUACUACUCAGGUAGGUAUAACACUUGAAUUUGAACUUCAUAACUGUUAGAAAAGUAUGUUUGUGAAAAUGAGUUGUUAUUCCCACAUCAGUUGCAUCAUUUCCCUCAUUCAUAAAUUCUCUUGUGUAGUCUCUUAUUGGAUUGUAAAGUGUCCAUUGGAUGUGCACUUCAAAAUCUCAGCAGAAUAAGCAGGUCUUUCAGAUACUGCUCGACUACUGUUUUUCAAAUACUAUGAAUUCAGUCAUACCAUUCGCCUCACAUGCUGGUCUUCACAUACUACAUUGUAGAAAAAUAUGCGAUUUCAGUCCUGUCCAGAUGAUGGCGCUCAUGCACGAAAUAAAGCACCACUAAAGAAGAACACGACAAAAUGGCUGCAGGAAGAUAUGAACUUUUAAAUAUAGAUAUUUUUCUAUUCUGGACUCAAGAUUCAGUAAUUUUCUUUUCGGCUUAGUCCCUUUAUUAAUCCGGGGUCGCCACAGCGAAAUGAACCGCCAACUUAUCCAGCAUAUGUCUUACGAAGCAGAUGCCCUUCCAGCUGCAACCCAUCACUGGGAAACAUUCAUACACACUCAUUCACACACAUAAACUACGGACAAUUUUAGCUCACCCAAUUCACAUGUACCACAUCUUUGGACUGUGGGGGAAACCGGCGCACCCGGAGGAAACCCACGCAAACACAGGGAGAAUGUGCAAACUCCACACAGAAAUGCCAACUGACCCAGCCGAGGCUCGAACCAGCGACCUUCUUGCUGUGAGGGACAGCGCUACCCACUGCGCCACCAUGUCACCUGGACUCAAGAUCAUUCUAUUAAAUAACUCCGAUUGGAUUUGACAUAUUUCCUUGAACUGAGUUGCACCUGAAAGAAAAUCCACAGCGUAAAACAUAUGCCAGAAUAGUUGACGGUUCAUUCCGCUGUGGCGACCACUGACAAAUAAGCAACUAAGCUGAAGGAAAAUUAAUGAAUGAAUUCAUAAAGUAGAAUGUCUGCAUUGAGGGUGAGUAAAUAAUGAGAUAAUUUAGAUUAUUAGGUGAACUAACCCUUUAAGGACUGUUCACACCAAAGACUUGAAUAUUAAGUAGUUUUUAUAAUCGUUCUAAUACUGCGAGAAUAGGGAAAUCCACACUAAAUAUCAUCAUAACAGGUUUAUUUUUGAACAUUUCAAAGCAGCUUUACAGUUAUUGAUAUUAAUGUUUAUAAAAUAUUUUGGCCUACAUAGUAGCAUUAGUACAUUAGCUAGUUACAAUAAACAAAUAGUUAUAAUACAGUAAAACAAGCAACACAUAUCCAUUCAUCACGAACAUGUUUAAUAGCAGAAUCUGUGCACUUUCUCUAUCCUAAUAUAUUCAAUCGUGUCCCUAUUCAGUGUUUUUAAGGGAACAGUUCAUUAUUAGGCAAAACUGUAUCGCUAUCAUUAAUUUCCGCUAGUGUGGACGCUAAUAUACUAACUGUCAUUGGUGUGAUCAGUCCUGUAUCCGCUUAAUUGUGUUUAUUGCCAUUGUCAAAAUGAACCGACAGAUCAAAAAUCCUCCAGUUGAGAAGCACUUAGUGUCAGGAGAAUAUGAGCAUAUGAAACAUCACAGACAUGAAACACUUUACAAAGAGUUCAGAAGUAUAUCAUAGAUGAUACGCUGUCGUAUAGCUGUCACGAUGCUGGAAUUCUAUACCAAUCGGUACUGAAAUUUUAAGAACGUCCAUUUCCCGCUAACAUUUGAGCGUGUUCUUAAACAGCGUUGAUUUCCUAUUGUGUUCACAUGCUCAACAGAAACGACUGUGAUUGGCCGUGAAGGU